AUGGCGAACGCCGUGCAGCGACUGGCUCAGGUGCAAGAGCAACUCGCACCACCUGUUGUCGCACCAGACCAGACUCCAACACUACAGGGCACGACGAAGCAUUGGAAGCCACAACAGCGUCCGUUCGACUCAGCUCCGCCAGUCAAGGCCAUCUUCGUCGGAGCCGGCAUAGCAGGUAUCGCGGCUUCGGUUUUGAUCCCUCGCAAAGUUCCAAAUUUAUCCUAUGUUGUCUAUGAGCGACAGGGCGCUGUGGGCGGAACAUGGGCGCAAAACCGUUAUCCCGGAGUGAGAUGCGAUAUCCCAUCUCAUAGUUACCAGCUCACAUUUGCUCCCAACCACCGUUGGUCAGAAUAUUAUUCCCCAGGAUCAGAGAUCCAGAGCUACUACGAAGACGUAGUAAAACAAUAUGGCGUUAAAAAGCAUCUCCGGCUCAAACAUGAUGUUAUAUCAGCAGCCUGGUCCGAAGAGAUCCAUCAGUGGGUGGUGAAGGUCAAGGAUCUCACAACGGGGGAGGAAUUUACGGACAUGGCUCACUUCUUCAUCACAGCGGCAGGAAGGCUGAAUGUUCCGAAAUAUCCUGAUAUACCGGGACUGGAGAAUACGUUCAAAGGUCAUGUUGUUCACCCUGCACAGUGGACCGAAGAACUCACCCGCGCCUUGGAGGGAAAACGUGUAGCCAUCAUAGGCAACGGGGCGAGUGGCCAACAGCUCCUGGUGAACAUCUUCGAUCGAGUCGCGCACAUAGAUCACUACGUCCGGUCCCGGCAGUGGAUCGUUCCGUCCUUCUCUCCGAAUCUUCUUUCGGCGCGCUGGGAUGUGCUCGGUGCACACCUCUUCAGCGAAGAAGAGAAACAGAGGUUUGAGAAAGACCCUAAAGCCUACCUCGAGUACCGUAGGUCAUUAGAAAAGAAUUUCCAUGGCCGUUUCGGAGGAUCCGUCAAUGGCAGCGAAGAGAAUGAUAAGAUCCGGCUAGCAUACGAGGACGCUUUGUGGGAGAAGGUGAACGGCGAUAAGACCUGGUUUGAUAGACUGGUUCCGGCUUUCGCGCCCGGUUGCAAACGACCCACGCCCUCAGCUGGAUAUGUCGAAGCGAUCAGAAGUCCGAAGGUCGAUUAUGUAGACGAUGCGAGGGUCACCCAUGCCACCGCAGACGGCUUGGUAACAUCAGAUGGUCGGGAGAGAAAGGUUGACGUCAUCAUCACCGCAACGGGCUUCAACAAUGGCUUUCUCCCUCUGUUUCCCACUAUUGGCAAGAAAGGAUUAGACUUGAGUAAGCACUGGGCUGAAGAUGGGCCAAUUGGGUAUCCCCAGACGUACUUUGGACUGAUGGCUCCCAAUGUUCCAAAUUACUUUGGCGUCAUCCAGGCAAACAGUAAUGGAGCUGGCGGUACCUAUCCACUUCAGGCAGAGAUAUCAGCUACCUACAUCGCCAAAGUGAUCCGCAAAGUGCAGAGAGAAGGCUAUCUCGCCAUCUAUCCUUCGCAAGCCGCGACCGACGAUUUUAACGAAAUUAUUACGGGCUACUUUGAAGACAAGGUCAUCGGCGACGACUGCGACGGAUGGUGGAAGAGCGGGUUCGGAAAAUCGCGUCCGCUCGUCAUGUGGCCUGGCACAGGGCAUCACCGCUUCGAUAUCGUGCGAGAGCCUCGCUGGGAGGAUUUUGUAUUUGAACGAAGCAAAGAAGGAAAGCGCAACAGGUUUGCGUAUUUCGGCAAUGGUUGGACUGAGCGAGAGAAGAAUGGGGAUGAGGCGGUGCUUACGAAAUAUCUCAAGGAGGUGGGGACUGUUGAUCUUGCUACGCUGCACGAGAACUGGAACGAUUGAGGGCAUACAGGAAGACGUAAGAUGAUUCCAUCUAUAGGACAAGAGUGAACGAAGCACGCUUUCGCGACACACC